AUGUUGCGAGGUUCACCAUUCCUUAACAUCGACAGGCGCGAGAUCUCCAUGAAUAAAUUCAAAACAUGGCUGCGGUAUAAUCUUCUUCUAAUCCUAACUAUUUUGGGCGUCAUCGGUGGUGUGCUUGGUGGCGGAUUACUGAGAUUUCUGGAACCGUCGGCCGAUGUCGUGAAGUACAUUGGUUUUCCUGGAGAGCUGUUCAUGAAUAUGCUGAAAGCAAUGAUUUUGCCGCUUAUUAUUGCUAGUUUGAUAUCAGGUCCAUUGCUAAUUACUAGAGUGAUUUUGAAGGCAUAA